CAUUUUAUGCCACUACUGUGCGCGACGUCUUGUUUGACAUCAUCAGACGAAGUGAAAAGAUUGGAAUCGAAGUGGAUGCCAUCGUCACCGACAUGGGGCCGGGAAAUCAAGCCAUAUGGAAGUUGUGUGGCAUAAUGGCUACGAAGCAUGGAAGAUCAAACGUCUCAUGCCCUCAUCCAUGCGACAAGGGACGACGCCUGUACUUCCUGGCCGACGUUCCUCACCUGUUGAAAAACCUGCGGGGUCACCUGGUUCGUGGGCAGGAAAUUUUCCUGGACAAUGCCACUGUUCGAAACCACAACCUACCAACAGCCAAGGUAUCAUUGGAGCAUGUCAAGAAGAUGUGCGAGCUUGACGAGCAGCACAAGCUGAAGUUGCUGCCGGGCCUGAAGCUGAAGGACCUAAACCCAAAUCAUUUUGAAAAAAUGGAUGUGGCUUCGGCAGUUGCGCUGUUAAACCAUAGCGUCGGGGCAGCCAUAAGGUAUCUAGUCAGCCUGCAGAAGCUCCUCAAAGAGGCGCUCACCACAGCAUGGUUUUUUAAGCAAGUGUUUAGAUGGUUCACUCUGAUGACAUCUCCAGCAAUGAAAACUGCACUGAGCGACUUCUGUCCAGAGAAAGCCCACGAGGCAAAGGUUUUUAUGGAAAACUUCAAGGAAAUGUUUUCCUUGCUAGUAAUUUUAGACAACCUCUCCAAGGUCGCAAGGAAGCCAGUUCAAACUGGAGUGCUCAUAUCCACAGAGGCAGCUUUGCACCUGCGCAACCAACCACUUCCUUAAUGAGAAAGGCUUCAAGUAUGUCUUCUUGAGUAGAUUCAGCCAAGAUGCACUUGAAAACCUGUUUAGUACGAUCCAUCGAAAGACCCCAAUUCCUCGUGCACGAGAGUUCAGGUCGGCGUUCCGGAUAAUUGUGCUAGCACAGUUUUCCCAACCCAGUCGUCGAGGGUCGUAUGCCGUGGACGACUCCGUCCACCUUACAGACUUUCUGUGCAAACGCACGGACCUUGCUGAGGAUCAUGGAGAGAUCCUGAUUCAUUACGACGAGGAGGAGGAGUUCGAGCUCUGUACGGAGGAAAAGGAAAGCCUGAUUUACCUCUCAGGUUAUGUUUCCAGGAGCGUAACCCGAAAAUACAAGUUGUGCCGCACAUGUAGAGAUUCUUUGGUGGACCGUCGGAGCCAAGCCCCUCCACUCAUCGCUCUCAAAUCUUAUGUGAAGGCAGACAAGACACCCUUGUUCAUUCCGUCAGAAAGCGUAGUGCAGUUGCUGCAAAGCGCCGAACACUGCUUCCGAUCACACGAAGAGAGGCUACUGAAAAGUAUGUGCCAAAUCAGUGACCUGGGACUAUUAAUUGCAGGGAAAGCACCGUCAUUCUCUGCAUUUCCUAUUUGCCAUAAUGUGGCUGAGCGGCUGGUAGCGCAGUUUUUUAUGUGUCGUCUGCGGUUUGCUCUCAAGCAAGAGAAUGCAAAGCUGCUGGCAAAGGUUAAGCAGUCGGGGAAAUGUGGUUCACGAAGUGCUGGCAUGCGUGUCUUGACCAAGCAAGUAGUCUAGAUACCGCAUUUUCUGGACUAGGCCAAGGAGUGUAGUAUGUUUUCUGGAAUAUAGUACAAAUAUGUUUGAAAAGCCAUAGUAGUCAUAAUGAAACAAGUUUACUUUAGAAUACCGUGCAACCGCCCAUUCCAGAUUAAGCACUCAUUCCCAAAUCUCUAAGAUCUGAAAAAAUAUGCACAGUACAUUUAUGUCUAAAAUUGAUGACCGGAAAAGCGCCCAUCCCCCAUUUUUUAGCGAUUAUGUCCAAAGUUUGAGUGGGCGCUUGCCCAAUAUUUUACGGUAC